AUGAAUCGGGAAAUCAACAAUGCAUUUUCGGCAGCUCAAGAAGCCAACUCGGUGAAGCCUGGGACUGUGUGGGGUCUCACCUUUACAAAUGAAUACGUAACAAAUGCACAAACUGGGAAUAGGGUUUUGAAAAUGAUUCAAGACAACAAGGCUCGGGCACAAGGUUUAAGGCUCAGUGUGGGCACCAGAGUCAAUAUCUGUCGCCAAAUAUGGGGCGGAGAAAACCAAGCUGUUUUGAUAAAUAUUGCGAAAUCAUCGGAUUUUAUCAUGUGCAAUCUCUAUCCUGGGCCUGGAGCCAAUAAUCCGGAUCGAGCAGUGCAGGAAAUAUCCGACGCUUAUUACUCCGCAAGAGAUGGAUUCUGGCGUUACAACAAGAACAUUGAGGUAAUUAUUGGCGAAACAGGAUGGGCGUCUGAAGGUGCAACUUUUAACAAUGCGGUUAACACGAUUGAAAAUGAACGAAAAUUUUGGGAAGGGAUGAAAAACUGGGCGCAAACCAAUCGUGUCAAAGUUCAAAUGUUUGAAGCCUUCGAUGAACCAUGGAAAACAAAUGGAGAAGGAGAAAAACACUUUGGGUGGUGGAAUCGACCCAACAAUAAUGAGGGAAGGUAUAUCGAAAAGGCUACUGGGAAAGUGUUUACCUGA